UCGAGCUGGACAGCAGCUGGAAAAUGGUUAAUAUAUUUGACAGUCACUUGUGACAAGCUUUAAAAGCUUUAUUUUAACUGGAUGAGUGGCGUUAAACAUGCAAGAUGCUUUGAUAUUAUAGCUUGUCAAGCUGCGUAGCUGUAUAUUGGCGUGACAAGUGUUUUCUUCAAAUGUUUUUCAGAACACGCCUGCCUUCUGAUAUUAUCGCAUUUGUUGGUCAGAUAUCCAUGUGAACCUAAUUUCAAAAAUUGUUCCGAACAAAUUGAACAGCAGCAUUUUGUAAUGAUUGUAAAGCACCAUGAGUUUAGGUGAAAUUUAUGACAAUGUAAAAAAAGGGAGAGAGUAUGCUCUUCUAGGGAAUUAUGAUUCCUCAAUGGUUUACUACCAGGGUGUGAUCCAGCAGAUUCAAAAGCACAGCCAAUCCAUUAGAGAUCCAGCAAUGAAGGUCAAAUGGCAGCAGGUUCGUCAGGAUUUGGUAGACGAAUAUGAGCAGGUGAAGAGCAUUGUUAACACUUUGGAAAGCUUCAGAGUAGAAAGACCUCCAACUGAUUUCCUUGCACCUCAGCAAGAUGACUGCUCCAGAGAUCCCAGUGUUUGGCCACCUCCUAUUCCAGUUGAACACAGAGCUCCUCAGGUGAAGCGACCAAAUCGGGACAUGAAGCCCAUUCGUAAAGAGUCACCAGUUGUCCAGGCACGGGGCCUUGUAGGUCGAGCUCAGCAAGCAGGGAGAGCUGAAAAAGCCAGCAGCAAAUACACCAGUGAUUCUAGAGGCAGGGGAAGAGAUGACCGGGGCAAGAAGAAUCUGCAUGAUGGAGGAGAUGUGGAUGUCAAGAAAUUUGAUGGAACUGGCUAUGAUAAGGACUUGGUAGAUGUUCUUGAACGAGAUAUUAUAUCCAGGAAUCCUAAUGUUCACUGGGAUGAUAUUGCUGAUCUGGAAGAUGCUAAGAGACUGUUGAGAGAGGCUGUGGUACUACCCAUGUGGAUGCCUGACUUCUUCAAAGGAAUAAGACGACCUUGGAAGGGUGUUCUAAUGGUGGGACCACCGGGUACAGGAAAAACCAUGUUGGCUAAAGCUGUAGCUACAGAGUGCGGUACAACAUUCUUCAAUGUGUCCUCUUCAACCCUGACUUCGAAGUACAGAGGCGAGUCUGAGAAGCUAGUUCGCCUGUUGUUUGAAAUGGCCAGAUAUUAUGCGCCAACAACUAUCUUCAUUGAUGAAAUAGAUUCUAUCUGCAGUCGAAGAGGCACAUCUGAUGAACAUGAAGCCAGCCGCAGAGUCAAGUCAGAGAUACUCGUUCAGAUGGAUGGUGUCGGGGGUGCUUCAGAAAAUGAUGAUCCUUCAAGAAUGGUUAUGGUGUUAGCUGCAACAAAUUUUCCUUGGGAUAUAGAUGAAGCUUUAAGAAGAAGACUGGAGAAAAGGGUAUACAUUUCUCUGCCUACAGAAAUGGGCAGGGCAGAGCUGUUGAAAAUAAAUCUCCGAGGAGUUGAUGUUGCUCCAGGUGUUGAUGUUACAAUUAUUGCUGCAAAGAUGAAGGGUUAUUCUGGUGCGGAUAUCACCAAUGUUUGCAGAGAUGCUUCCAUGAUGGCAAUGCGGCGUCGUAUCCAAGGCCUAACACCAGAAGAAAUCAAAGCUCUGUCGAAAGAUGACUUGCAAAUGCCUGUAACCAUGGAUGACUUUGAACUGUCUCUAAAGAAAAUUUCCAAAUCGGUCUCUGCCUCUGAUCUUGAAAAAUAUACGACUUGGAUGGCUGAGUUUGGCUCGGUAUAGUUCAUCUAUAUAGUGUACUUUGUAAAAACUAUUUGAGGAUGUGGAGCUUUACUUUAACAAACAUUUUAGUACAUAAGAGAGAGGCUGUGAAGUCAUGGGAGUAUGAAGAUCAAUUUUGCACAUUUUGUUUCAUGAAUAUGUAAUACACUAUCAGUAAUAGCCUUCAGAAUCAAUUCAACAUGAAUCCUGACCUGAUGCUUAUGAAUUUAAAGCACUUUAAUGCACUAACAAUUAAGAAAGCAUUCUAUUUACUGGGAUAGAGAUGAAGUUGUAUCAAACCUUAUAAUGUUAUAAAGUGUCUGUCUUGGCCAGCAAUUAAGGAAAUAGAGUAUUUUCCAAAAGUGUUGGUCAAAUUAUUUCAGCUGGAUCUCAAAAUUGUAAAGACAAUGUUACAUAUCCUAAUUUUGAUAAGCGCUCUUUUUACUGCUCCCUCUGAAUGAUCCUUUAUCCAUAACACUCUGUAUAAAUGGUUUUGAUUCUAACAGUCUAGAAAUUUGCAGUAAUGUGCUUCGAUAACACUGAUUUCUUUCAAAAUGUCCAAACUAGACUGAGUUGCUCCAACAUAUAAAGCAAUGUAUGAUCAAUGGGAAUCAUUAAAUCCAAUACUUGAGCUUGGUUCACCCACAAAAUACGGUCAAUUCACUUUACAGU